AUGCUCUUCUUUCUCCCACCCUCCCUCAGGAUUGCUUUCAGCGCCAUCACCUUCACCAUCGCCUUCUUCACGACCCGCAACAAUCACUGGAACACCGGAUUCGUCUCCCAAGACAGCGGCACCACGACGUCCAGCCUCGCCGCCACCGUGCACGUCAGCACCAACCUGCUCUACUCGGCCGCCGUCGCGCUGUUCAUAACGCUCCUGGUCCUCUGGCCGCUGUACAGCUGCUUCGCGCUCGCUUUCCGCGCCACCGACCGCCUCGUCGCGUUCCUUACCAACGUCGUCUUUAUCGUCCUCGUGGUAGUGCUGGUUAUGCAGGUCUGGGAAGGCCCGGCGGGAGCAGGGGUCGAUGUGGAGAAGUUCAGGGUUGGGGUGCUGCGGCUUUACAAUGAGUCGGCCAGCAAGAUCGUGUCGGAUGUGGCGAGAAAGGCCAAUGAGAGCCAAGGGAUGCGGGAAUUGUGCAAUAAUGUGGACCGUCAUGGCGUUAUCGGUGCUUUGAGCCUAAUAAGGUCAUAUUAUGCCAAUCGCUUUUGA